UUGUCUACGAGUAAAUGAGUUUAAAUGUUAACCAUCAACUUGCAACGCACACAGAAGCUCGAAACGACUCUGGCUUAGAGAACCGCAAGAUCUCAGGACAACGCACACACAUCAAUAAUUCAGACCUCGUCCUAGCUCAAUAUGCCAGCACAAGCCAGCGAGAAUAAGCCAGAUCUGGCGCCACUGUACAGCGAGGCAGAUCAGAUGGAUCGAGAGAGUCGUAGACAACCAGCACGGCGGCAGUCGCAUAAGGAAGCACCCACGCACAAGACCGAGACCGAAGAGAAGAUUGAGAAGGAAACUCCGAGGUUAAAUCCUGAUGUUUCAGCAUCCACGUCGGAAUCUAGCACGCAACACGAUGGAUUCAAGUACGUUACGCGAAGAUCAAGGAGUCAGCGACAUGAUCCAGCCAAGCAACACGGACAAGUUGGGCAACAGCAGGUUGCACCCCAGAACCAACAAAAUCGACAAGUGCAGACUAAAAGCAGCAGUGGAGCGCCUUCGGUGAAGCUGGAUAUGAACUUGGACGUCGACAUUGAUCUUAAAGCAAAGAUCAAGGGCGAUGUCACGCUGUCUGUGUUAGGGGGGAAACAAAAUCAAAAGUGAUUUCCUCAAAAACCAGAGUCGCGACGAUGAUUAUCUUCAUAUA